AUGAGGGGGAACUUUGUUCACGUGGAUGACGAAUGGAAGUGGAGAGGGGACAAAACGACUUUCAUUUUAGCGUCGAGAAACAUUACCGUAACAGAACUUGUAUUAAGAUUGAAGGAGAAACUUGGUAUUGUUGAACCCCGCAAUGAAAUUGAGUUAAAGUUCAAAGUCCCGAAUUUGAAUAUACCUCCGACAGAGAUACACGACGAUGAGGACCUAAAUUGGUACAUAUCUAUUUAUAAGGAGACUGCACUCUGCGUCACUAUUAUGGAAACCGAGGUCCCCAGUGUUGACAUGGUGAGGGAAGCAAACUGUGUAGAGAACCGGUUCUGCCUAACGGAAUGUCCCCAUACUUUAAGAAAUGGUGAGGUCAAUCAUGAGCAUAGUGGGUCGAACAACGAAGCACCCGCACAUUCAAUUGACCAUAUCGAGGCUGCAGCAUCCGUUGAGCACUUAGAGAACCUAUUACAUGGUACGAAUGAUGCUAUUAUUGCUGAAAUUGACCAGCCUGUGUCAUCACAUUCCAUGAGUUUAGGCACAAAUGAGUGGAUGGCAGUCGUCGUUCUCACCGAAAAGCAAAUAUUCUUUAGCAAGAAACAGUUGUACUGUAAGAUUCGUGUGCUUACUUUGCAAGAGAAGUUUCAAUUUCGGGUGAGCAGGUCAAGCAUGAAAAUGUUAACCGUUGUAUGUGUGGAUGAUAAUUGCAAGUGGAUGCUACGUGCUUCUACUGUCAAGCAAUCUGCAAUCUUCAUGAUCCGUAAAUUCAUCAACGUGCACACAUGUUCCCUUGAUUUUCGUUGUAACGCACAUCGGCAUGCCACUAGUUCUGUAAUUUUCGAGCACAUUGUAGGCAAACUAGAUACUCCAGGUCGAUCGUAUGACCCUACCGCUAUUGCACGUGAUAUGGAACGUGAGUUCGGUGUGAAAAUCAGUUACAACAAAGCUCGUAGGGGAAAGCUUCAUGCCUUAACUAUGCUACACGGUACACCGGAAGCCACUUUCGGUGCAAGCAUUCGUGGUUACACGCAGUACUUGAGACCCGUUAUUUGUGUUGAUGGCAGUCAUCUAAAGGGGCCAUACAAAGGGACACUUCUACUGGCAACUGCUCAAGAUGGUAACAAACAGAUAUAUCCGUUAGCAUGGGGGAUCGUGGACGCUGAAACCAAUAAAUCGUGGAUGUGGUUUAUGUCCAACUUGAAAGAGCUUAUAGGGGACUCCGAAGACCUCGUAUUUGUUUCAGACAGAAAAAAGAGCAUUGACAAAGCUAUUACUCAGUUGUUUCCGUUGUCUCACCAUGGUUGUUGUAUUUGGCAUCUCGAAAAGAACCUCAUACAGCGAUACAGCAACGCAAGUUCAAUACUUCUAUUCAAACGAGCUGCUACGACAUAUCGGGUUGAGGACUUCGAAAGACUCAUGGGACAGAUCCGCAGGGUGAGCACAAGAGCGCACGGGUACUUAGAGCGUGCGGGUUAUUCAUUUUGGUCCCGAGCACUAUUUCUUGGCCACCGUUACAACAUCAUGACGAACAACAACGCUGAGUCUCUGAACUCCAUGUUGAGAGAAGCCCGUUCUUUACCGAUAACUUGCUUGGUCGAACACGUUCGGAGUACUUUGCAGAAGUGGUUUUAUGAACGUCAGAAAAUUACGAUCGAUUGCAGUACAGUAUUGACGCUGAGGAUGGAAAAUGAGUUACGGAUGACAUUUGAAACUGGAACUAGGCUUCGAGCCCAGUUGUUGACAAACAACUUAACUCAGGUUGGAAUAUCCAACGACGUGGACAUAGUUGACUUUUCCGAAGACACUUGCACGUGUCGUGAGUUCCAACUAAACCGUAUGCCAUGUGCUCAUGCAACUCGUGCUGCUUGCUUCAAAGGGAAGUCUUUGUAUGACCUUUGCUCCCCUUAUUACACAUCUGGAUACUGGAGGGGUGCCUAUAACGAAGCGAUAUACCUUGUUCGCCGUGAAGCGGACUGGGUUUUUCCCAGUUUAAUUACAUCUACUCCUAUUUUGCCACCACUCGUACGUCGCCCUCCAGGUAGACCACCGACCCGACGUAAGCGUUCAAGAUACGAAUCUGCAUGGUCGAGCAGGAAAUGCACUCGUUGUGGUCGUCUUGGUCAUAAUCGGAGCACAUGUUCGAACCCCAAUAUAUCACAAGUUCCCUAA